AAGGCAAACUGUGCCUAUAAAUUAAUGUGAUACAAGUUAUACAAAUUCACUCAAUUCCUUCUACUCUUUACAUUACAACUAAAACCAAAAUGGAGUCAAAGUUUGCUCACAUUAUUGUUUUCUUUCUUCUUGCAACUUCUUUUGAAACUCUCAAUGCGCAAAGAAAUGGACUAGAAUUCAUAAAACUUGUAAAGGAAUUGAAAUCGGUUCAUGAGCCCAAGCCCAACUUGGAAUGUCAAGGAAAACUAAUGUGGCCAGAACUUAUUGGUGUACCAGCACAAUAUGCUAAGGGAAUAAUUGAGAAGGAAAAUCCACUUACUCAUGUUCAAAUAGUAUUGAAUGGUUCUCCAAUCACAACUGAUUUAAGUUGUAAUCGAGUUCGAAUUGCUGUAAACAUCUUGGAUUAUGCUGUAUCAAUGCCUGUGGUUGGUUAAUUAAUGGAUUAUUGAAGUAAGAAGCCACAUGUAAAAAUAUAAUUAGGGUUCAUGUAUGUUAAUCAUAAUGUAUCCAUGUACUCCUACUAUAUAUAAUGGAAUAAAUAAGUGUGGCUUAAUUAAA